AUCAAAUCCAACACUAACCUACUGGUGCAACAGAUUCAAGUUCCCCGGGUACAGGGCGCUACUGCUACAGUUCCGCUGGGUUCUGCAGAAAGAAACUGGAAAACUGACGGACGCCGCCUAGAUUGAGUUUUACAUUUACAGUACUAGUCAUUCAGUAUCCCUGCAUCAGAAAUCAUGAAGUCAGACUCAUGUCCCCUCGUUCCACAUCACAGCCCGGUGUCAAGUUUUGAGCCUUCCUGCCUUGGGAGAGGCAGAAUCAUCAUCAGCUGUGACAGCGCAGAGAGAGGUAGACUUUACGAUACUUCAUCAGUUGCUUGUGGACCUGCAAUGGCACUGCUCCCAGUGGAGGCAGAACACUUUGACGGGCUAUCACUCCUCUACUGGACAAUAAUGGGGCCCCAUGGCAUCAACCGUGCUGUGGAGAGACUAGACUUCACAGACUGUAAAAAAGGACUUGGCGUGAAGAUUAUUGGGGGCUACAGGGAACAGAGCGGUGAAGAGUUUGGUAUUUUCAUCAAACGGGUUUUGCCAGGUGGUGUGGCGGCACAGGACGGGCGUCUUCGAGCAGGGGACCUCAUUUUAGAUGUUAACAACAUGAAUUUAGGAGGUGUUACAAAUGAAAAGGCAGUGGAGGUUCUUCGCAUGGCAUCAUCUUCAAAUCACAUGUCUUUACUGAUAGUACGUGACGACGCUUCCAGGAGGGAAUUUGCUGAACUAAUGGAAAAAUAUGGCUCGAGCAAUAGUACCAGUUCUGGAUCAGACAUCUCUGUUUCCACAGGAAAGAUGACCGACACUGCCUCCUCCUCCUCAUCUUCCAGGUCAACCAGUCCUCUGCUUCUGAGCCCUAAAGACCCAAACCCAGUAUACACCACUGCCUGCAUUACCUCCCCAUCUCCACAAGUCUGCACAGACUGCAUGAUUCAGUUGAUAUGUGUUGCCAAAGGGACAGGAUUAGGCUUGGUCAUCAGGGGCGGAGCUAACCGUGCAGAGGGGCCAAUGGUGUUCGUUCAGGAAAUAAUGCAAGGGGGCGACUGCCAAAAAGAUGGGAGACUAAAGGCCGGAGACCAGCUCAUAUCCAUCAAUAAGGAGUCACUCAUUGGAGUAACACAUGAAGAAGCCAAAAGCAUACUUACUCGAACAAAACUCAGACAAGACCCUACAGUAGAGAUAGCCUUUAUCAGACGAAGGUCUUCGUCAGGCUCCAGCAGUGGACCCCACAGCCCCAUCUCCCUUCAACCUCCCUGCAAUACAGCCCCCCAACACAGGCCCACUGGAAUGGGGGGAGCAACUCUACCUGGAGGCCUCGUUCCCAAGAUAGCCAACACCCCCAACUCUGGAAGUGAGACGUUGCCUUCUGUUGAACUUACUAAGGUACGACCAGCAACAGUAAAGCCUGUUCUCACCCCAAUGUCCUCAAUUGAGAGUGCCUGCACCACAGUGGCCAACUCUGAUGCAACCGCUGCCUGUAAUCCCAGCAAUACCUGCAGACCCUCGAAACCUCCAUCCUCAAUUCCCAGCUUCGAACUCAAGCCCGAGAAAAUGGAGCAGGCACUGGAGGUGCUGGGAUUGAAGCCUACUGACUCUCAGGUCCUGACUCUGAGAGAAAGACUGCGUUUGAACCCAGGAGGGACAGUGGCUUAUGGCGAUUUUGAGAGAGUGGCAAAGGAACUCUUUACACUACCGUCCAAGUCUGACUCGGAACAGGAAGUAGCGAGAUUGACAUCAGAUGAUCUUUCUGAGUGUCCAUCAAACCCUACGCCAUCGUUAUCAGACUCUGAUGAUCUGGAUGAGAUGGAGAGACUAAGAAAAGACCACAUUGAGGCCUUGAGAGAGCUCAAGAGAAUGCAGGAUAAGCUAGCAGAAUCCGAGAGCCUUAAUCAUAAGAUGCUGCAGGAACUGACAAAAGUUAAACAGGAAACAAAAUCUGCAAUGGAGGAGAGCCGAUCCCUGCGGACCCGGAUCCAUCUGGCAGAGGCAGCUCAGAAACAGGCCCGAGGAAUGGAGAUGGACUACGAGGAGGUUAUCCACCUCCUGGAGGCUGAGAUAGCUGAAAUGAAGUCUCAGAAAGCUGAGCAACCCGGCCGGGGCAAGGAUGAUCUACAAGAUCUGAGAAAAAGGAUUUCUGUACUUGAAUGCCAGCUACGGAAGAGUGAAACUGUAAAGAAGGAUUUUGAAACCACUACGGGUAAACUUCUGCAGUUUGUGGAGGCUGUCCAAGGCUUCCUGUCUGAAAAUCAAAGCGGUCCAAGAGGCUAUAGUUCUCCCAGUGAUCCAAAGUUGGCCACACAGUCUCAGACCGUGGCAUCCCGAAGUGGGAAGAAACCACCCUGGACAGCAACUGCUCUUGCUGUGGAAGCUAAAGAACUAACUCAUGCUGUCAGAAGCAUUCUAGAGCUAGACUGUACCAAAUGAUGCACAAAAAAACGGAGACGGACAGACGGAUGGAUUAAGGGAAGAUAGAAGACUCUUGGGGUCAAAGGAUCAGUGAAGCUGAGGGAGGAAACAGCUAAAGUGAUUGCUUAGGGGGCAGAAAACGUGUUCCACACACCUCGCAGCAUGUGACCUCUCAGCGAGUGAUGCUCACGUUUUGGCUGAAUGCUCCCCUGCGGGGGAGGACGAGGCAGGCUUUGAGUUGCACAUGGAGGGCCACCCUCAUCACACUGAUUGAAACCAAAGAGAGCAACCUCAGCCCAGCACAGAGACAGGCAGUGGUUUCCACGUGAUGGAUAUUCUUUCAGCCAUGUGACAGGCUGCGUACCACUCUGUGUCUCAUCAAUAAGACAGAGGGGGUGACAUGCUUUGGAAUAAGGAUUUAUGAUAUACAAAUGGGCUAAAAUAAGGUUGUACAUACCUUAGUUUUAUCAUUUUUAAAGGGAUAGUUCAACCAAAAAUGAAAAUUGUCAUUAUUUACUAACCCUCAUGUUGUUCCAAAUACAUAUUACUCUAUUUCUUCUGCAGAUCUCAGAAGAAGGCAUUUUGAAGAACGUUGGAGAAAUCACAGAGACAUUUUAUAACAUAUCUUAUUUUGUGUUCCACAGAAAAAAGUCAUACAGGUUUGGAACGACUUAAGGAUUAGUAAAUGAUGACAAAAUGUUCAUACUGGCCCUUUAAGAGAGAGAAACAUCAAAUCAGAUUUGGGAAAGCCUCUGCUGCUCAUCCCAAUUAUAUCUGAUUUACUCAGGUGUAAUUUGAGAAAGAUGAAAUUGUCUUUUUAGUAUCAUAGUGCUGAUCUAGUGAAAUCAUUCUCUCUUGGUUACUAGAACAAGGCCUUUAGAAAACAAAGAGUUUAUUGAAUUAAAGAGGCAUGUGAUGAGCUAUACUCUGUUGCUAUGUCCAAAGGCUUAGGCAGUAACGGUUUGUGAUCACUGUAGACACGUCAGAACACUCAAUAUAAACAACUCAAUUUAACAAAAAAAAAAGAAAAAAAGUAAGCUGUAGAAUUUAAAGACUCAAGUAGGUUGACAGCCACUAAAAAUAGAGAUGAAUGCAAGUUUUAGAAAACAUUCUGUUUAUAUUCUGAGAAAUUAGCAUUGAAAAAUCCCUUUUUUCUCAAGGCUGAUAAAGAUAACAGCCAGAAAUUAGUUAUGAUUAACCAAGGUUUAGGUUUAAUUAUGGGUUACGCAGGGAAUGUUCCCACAACAUUCACUAACGUUUUGUAAAGGUUAUGUAAGUGUUAGAAUAGAACAUUCUUAUAACAUUAUAUACAUUCUCGCAAUGUUGAGAGAAAACGUUCCUAGAACAAAGCUCUUGGAACUUCCUAAUGAUAUUAUUUUUACUUGGAACAUUCUCAUAACAUUGAGAGAAAACGUUCUUAGAAUAACAUUGUCGGAACAUUAUUAUUUGCUGAAUGUUUUUGGAAUGUUUGCAUAAAAUGUUGUGAAGUGAAACAAUUUCAUGAAACAUCCUUACAGUGUUUUGUCACAGUGCUUUUCACAAUACACAAGCAGCUUUACUGAAUAUCAUGAUGUUAUAAUGUUUAUAAUAUCUUAAAAUCUUGAUGCCAUAUAGUCGCAUUUAGCAGAUUUCCAGCUAACAGGAAAUGUUUUCAGAAUUUUGGCUAACGUUCUGGCAAGGUUCUCUCAAAGUUAUGAACAAACGUUAAUAGAACGUUCAAAUGUGUCUUUAAAAACAUUCUCAAAAUUUGACCACAAAAACAUUUAUACAUCAACAUAUUUUUUGGAAUGGUUUAGUUAGACGUUCGUCUAACACAUUUUAAACGUUACUACUUGUUUGAUCAUUAAAGAGAAUUGAAGAGAAAAGAACAUGAAAUUCACGACAUGCAUAAGGAACAAACAAUGAAUGCAAGUUGUAUAUAAAAUGUACAGGCAAGCAGGUAUAAUAUCUGACUUCACUGAACCUAAUGCAUUGCACUAAGCAAUCAGGACUUCCCCUUCUGUAACAGCAUUUCAUCUGAUUCUGAGCUAGAUUCUCUCAUUUUAUGCAUCUCAUUUUUGAGGCCGUGUCCUCCGCAGGUCGCAUUUGAAGGCUGCAUCAUCAUCAAGGAUGUAUUAUUUAAGUAAAGUAACUGUAAUAAAAUUGACUGUUAUUCCUCGUGAGGUGUAAAAUACGGUCAUUUCUUUCUUACUUUGCAAUCUAAAAGUUACUUUUCUUAAAUGAGACUGCCAAGAUGUUUUAUGCAGCCUCCAAAAUGAGACGCAGCUAUGCGCAUGCGCUCCAUUCCACACCAUUUUUAAGCCCAACAUUCAGACAACCGUUACCCUCUACCAGUCUUUCUUCAUCACAGAGCAUUAGUGUUUUUAAAAGUCUAUAUGAAACAGUUCAUUUAUAUAUACAGUGGAACAC